GCUCCCGCGAUCACACCUCCGCUUUGAAUAUCCGCAUCUAAGCAACCAACUCCUAUUCCAAUCACUCGACCCCUUCUCCGCUCGAAGGGGGGGAGUACUUAUCUACAUACGUUGUUCAUGAUUCAUGUUUCAAGGCCUCUGCUGUUCAUAUAUCACUGUCCAACUUUCGCUGUUCAAAUCCUUCUUGUCCAGCUUGUACAGCACCAUCCCUACACUCGCCUUAUACCCACGUCCCUGGACUUACAGCCUAAUCAUCAUAUCAUACCAUGCAUCUCGUUGCCAGGAUGGACCGGGAUGUCUUCCACGGGGGGAAUAUCUGGUCUCCCAGCCCAAUCUUCCAGACCGAGAUUCCUUUCUUUUGGCGGAAACGACGGCAGCUUUCCAUUGGCGAUCUUCCCGUCGAGAUCUUUACCGCCAUAUGUCGCAAUCUCUGUGUGCAUUGCCAGCAUGCACAUGUUGUCGAUCUCCCGCCAGAUGAGAUCGACCACGCCAUUGAGGCUCAGCAGGCAUUAUCUCGCUUGAGCCGCACGUGUCGACGUUUUCGAAAUACGGCUCAACCUAUCUUGUAUCAUUGUUAUCACUCUGGACGACAGUCGAAUUCUUCGAGUAGCCCUGAGUGGUGGGGUGAUACUGAUGCAAGGAGACGCGAGGUUGAGACUCUUGAGGGGUUUCUCCGUACUCUUCUUGAGAGACCUGACUUGGCUAAGCAUGUUCGUGCUUUGGCGUUCUUUGCGUUGAGAGAAGUGACUGCUCGUCACAUCUCUAAAGAAACGCAAGCUCUAUUUCGACAGGCUGGUGAGCGCGCUGGUUUUCGUGCUCUACCAUCAUAUGAACAUGUUGAUUCAAAGUGGUUGCAAGAAGCUUCGAUUAUGGCUGCGCCCUUUGUAGAGCAAUUGCUUGUUUACCGAUCGUCACAGGAAGGGCUACAGUAUAUAAGAGACUCCCCCUUCUACUUACCAAAUCUCAAGUAUUUGGUGUUACCAGGCCAGGGCAAGAAUCCUGACGAAUGCUGCCACAUUCAACAGAUGCAGGAUGUCCUAGCAAAAGCACAGAACCUGGAAGUGCUGGCAGCUAGCGAUGCAGACUGCGGGACGGACAUCCCCCUUCGCGAACGUUUCCGCUCAGAACCAUGGGACACUGCCCUUGCAAGUCUCCGUCGUCUAUCACUUCACGGCUUAGAUCCCGAUAAUCUCGCCAAGAUCCUCCGUCGAAGUCCAGUCCUCGAAGAUCUUGAAUACUUCUGCGACAUGGACAAAUACACCGUUCUCCAACAUCACCACCUCACCCCCGUUAGUCAAUCGUUACGACGCUUAUGCUACACCAGCACAACAUGGGAGCAUACAUCCGGCGGCGCACAAGAUAUCAUCGAACAAGUAUCCAUGUUUCUCCGCUGGGACUCUUCACUCCGCGGCGACGCCAGCUUUGUCGAUUUUCCACGUCUUGAAAUCCUUGAGAUAGAGCAACUUCUUCUUUACGGUCCUGUCUUCGAUGAUGAAGAAGAGCGAAAACAAAGAUUCGAAGCGAUGAAGGAUAUUGGACCUGAGAUCUUUAUGGCGAGUCUCCCUUCUUCAUUACAGAUUCUUCAUAUAGGAAUGGUGUUGGCUUGGCCGGAGAUGCACCGCGACUUACUUGGUAUGGCGAAGAAGGUAUACCGGUUUCAGAACUUGAGCGUCGUUGCUGUAGAUCCUUAUGAAGCGCCGCCAAAAGAACAGAUCAAAGAACUUGACGAUGCAUUUGCAUCGAAGGGAAUCAUCUUCCGAAUAGGCCAGACGACUCAAGUUCCAUUUGGGAGGGGUAUGUUGGGUGUAAGACCAGGACAUCCAGAGAGAUCGAGUGAAAGAGAUCUCAAGUUUCCGCUAAAUCAUAGGAAUCCGUCAUAUCUGGACUUUUUGGACUUUUAGAUAAUAAAUAGUAUCUAUGAGUAAAGCACAUGCAAUGAGAUUACUCGGUGAAAUUACCUUGCGGAUGAAUGUGAUGGCCUGAUGUUGCUCUCUCAUGAUGCGAUUUCGGUUCGUCUAACACAUAUAUGAUGCUAUUAUCUUCUCUUCGGCGACGAAGUUAGCAUGUGCUUCGAGUAACGAUAAGCUGCCCAGGCAUUCUCUAGGGACACAUGUGAGGUUGAGCUAUCCAAGGUGUCACGUACAUGUGACAAGGACUAUGACUCUCGGGGAGGUUUACUCAUAAC